AGAGAGAGAGAGAGAGAGAGGAGACAGCUCACACUUUCUGGAUGAUUUUUCACCAAGUGGGCAUUUCUGCCGAGACCUGUUUUAAGAAGCGGAGCAGAGGAGCGCGUGCGUGGAUCCUCGCGCUCACAGCAGGCAGGCUGAUGGAUGGAGAGGGAGAUCAGAGGGAUCAGCAUGAGGAGCGCUUAAAGGAAGUGUUUCUAAGUUUUGAUGGAAGCGGUGCUGGUUCACUGAGCCCAGAGGAGCUAACCGAGCUCUGUCACUCUCUACAGCUGACUGACCAAGCACUACAGACACUGAUACACAGACUAUUCGACACACAGGACCAACUAAACUUGCGGGUUGAAUUCGAGCAAUUUAGGGACGCUUUGAUUCUGGUGCUUUCCUCCAACGAUGAGACGCUAGCUAAAGAAAACCCUCCUCGUCCAGUCUCCCCAGAGGUGCAGCCUCGCUUUGUAAAGGGCACUAAGCGCUAUGGACGUCGGUCCACGCCAGAGUACACACAGACUGUCCCUGAUCUUGCUCACACACCGUCGGUGGAGAAAGAGAGGGAUGAAGCCACAAGGAGCAGCGAUGGGACAUUGCCUGUUAAGCGUGAGCGCUGGAAUGCUGAUGUGAGCAGUUCAGAGGAAUAUGAAGCAGAAGGUCAACUGCACCUGUGGAAUCCUGAUGAGCCGGGAACACCACGGGGUAGCAUGGCACCCCUUAGUGACCAAGAGGAGAGACUUUCCAGCAUUUGUGAGCAGCUUUCACUGGACCUGCAUAGCACAGCUACCAUACAACAAUUACGCAUGCUUUGCCAGCACCUUGGCCUAGAGGUCGAAGAGGAUGUCUUUCAGUCUGCAGAUGAGGAGAAUGUUAGUGUGCAGGAGUUUUUAUCUUGCAUCCAAACCAACAGCAAACCACCUACUCCUUCUGCCUCAACACCUUACAGGCAGCUAAAGAGACACCACUCUACACAGCCGUUUGAUGAGAUGGGACGCAGGAUCGCAUCUGUGAAGAGCAGUACAAUUGGACUGCGGUUGUUUUCUGAAUUAGAUGAUGGAACAGGACACACAGCAGUGGAGUUGCUCCUGGACGCAUGGCUAGAAGAGGGUGUAGAGAACGGCUCUGAAAUCCUGCAGGCUCUGGAUUUUAGCCUGGGUGGAAAGGUGAAUCUGAGUGAACUGACUGCAGCUUUGGAGAACGAGCUUAUGGUCACAAAGAACUCCAUCCACCAAGCUGCACUGGCGAGCUUUAAGGCUGAGAUCAGAUGCCUCCUUGAGCGGGUGGAUCUGGAACUCCGGCAGAAAGAGAAGCUUCACUCAGAUUUGGAAAAAGCAGAGAAACUCAAGUCCCAGCUGGCCUCUGAGGUAGACGAGCAUCAUUCCACCAUCGAACGCAUCAAUGAUCUUAACCUGCGGAAGCUGGAGCAGGAACAUAAAGAUCGUGUGGUGUCUCUGAGGGCGGACCUGUGCAAAGAGGUGGAGCUUGUACAGCAACAAGCCAAUCAGCAGAGAGAAGAACUGGAACAGGAAAUGAGUAGGAUCAGAGAGGAUGAGACCUACCUCAGAGAACACCUCACUCUGACUGUUAAAGAAAACAGGCGUUUGGAGGCAGAGCUGCUGGACAGCACAGAGCGAUUGAUUGAAGCAGAUGCUCAGAUUAAUAAACUGCAAAAGAACUUGGACAAUGUCCUCAGGGAGAAGUUUGGUGAUUUGGACCUGAGCAAUGCUGAGUUCUAUCAGCACGAAGAACGUCUCAGACAGCUGCGCAACAGCUAUGAGGAGCAGUGUCGGGAACUGCAAGAUCGUAUAGAUGAGUUGCAGGCUCAGUUGGAGGAUUUUCGUGCUUUAAGCCGAGCCCCGCAGACCUCCCUCAUGCCCCCUCUGUCUGAUGAGCUGGAAAGCAAGAGUCCCGGCAUGGAGUCAGACCAAGGCCUAGGUUCUGAAGACGGGCAACCCUUUAACAUGAGUCUGGAGGCAGAGAUGAUGCUGGAGCAAUUGAAAGAGCAACAUUGCAGAGAACUGGAAGAUAUAAGAACGCAGCUAGAUUCCACGGUGAACAAGUGUGAGCACAGGCUGGAAGAACAGAAGAGCUCUAUUGAGGAGGAGAGGAGUCUGCUCUCCUUACAGCACCAACAGGAGAUAAAGGGUAUCAGGGAAGAACUGAAUGAAGCUCUGAAGCAAGCUCGAGAUUUGCAAGAACAACUGGAGCAGGAAAGACGCAAUAUGGAGGCUCAGCAAAGUGUAGAACGUGCUGAACUCCAUGCUGUUUACCAGCAGAAAGUUGGUUCUCUUAGCCAGGAGCUACAGAAUGCCAGAACCCAUGCACUGAACCUGGAAGAGCAGCUCAGGGUGCUGGAGGAGCAAGAAAGGGCAGUGGAGGAAAGCAGAUUGAGGGAGAUGGAAGAGCUGAGCAGGACUCACGCAGAGGAGCUUUGUCGAAUGGAACUGCACUACAAGGAGGCACUCGAGACCAGUCUGCAGAGGCAGAAGGAGGAGGCAGAGAGGUCGCUCUCAGAUGAGUUGGAGAAUGAAAGGCAGCAUCUGAAAGAAGUUUAUGAGGAGGUGCUGAGGGUUCGAUUAGAGGAGGUACAACAGAGAGCUGAGCAGGAACGGACAGAAUUGGAGAGAAGCCUCAGGGAAGAGUUUGAGAGCGACAAGCAGAAGCUAGAGGAAAACAAUAGAAAAAAGCUUGAGCAGGAGCUGGAACGUUUGGAAAAAGGGCAAGAAGAAAGCAGUAAGAGGCUCAGAGAACAUUGGGAAAAGGAGCGUAACCUUCUACAGAAACAACAUUAUGCUGAGCUGCAGAAGUGUUUACAGCAGGAAAGGGAGCGACUGCAGGCCCAGGAGCAAGACGAGGAGCAAAGAAGGAUGGAGUGGGAAAGAGAGCGGGUUCUACUACAUAAGCAGAAUGAGGAGGUGCUGCAGGCCAGGCUAGAGGAGCAGAGGGCACAGCUGCAGGCACAGAAAGAAGAGGAGAAAAGAGUGUGGCAGAAAGUACUGGAAGAUCAACAGGGCCAAAGUGAAGAGACGCACAGGGAGGCCAUGAGUGAGUUGAGUGCGAAACACACUGAAGAGAGAGAGAGGCUGAGCUGUAUGCUGGAGAAACUACACGCCGACAUUGUCAAGGAAAGGAGUGAAGCUGGACGUCUAGCUGAAGAAAACCUUCUUUUAAGACAGAAUAUCUCAGAGCUGAGAGAAGAGGACCUGAAAGAAAAGCAACAGGAGCUGCUACUAAAAGUGGAACACCUUCGGAAGGAGAAAAACGCUGCCCAGAAGAUGGCUAAUGGUUUAAAGAGGCAGAUUUCUGAGCUUCGCCGUCGUGGGAAGCAGCGAGAGGAAGAAAACAAUGUUUUGUCACAGCAGAGUGGAAAACAUGCACUUGGUGUCGACGCACUACAACAUACGCUUGAGGAAGUGAUGCUCCAUCAUGGAAAAGGUUUUCCAUCAUGGGAAAAGGUUGAGAUCGAAGAAGGAGGUUUUGCCUCACCUGUUGGCAGAACGGAAAAGCUGGAAGAAGAGAAGAAGCUUCUCCGAGCAGAACUUAACCGCUGUGUGGAAAAGAUGGCUCAGCUGCGCACAGCAGAAACGCAACUGGCUCAACUCUUACACGAAAGACAGCUGGCGGACAAACAUAACCAAGCAUUACGUACACAAAUGAUGAAGGCACAGGAGUCGGUCCAAGCACUAGAUUUUACACUCCAGGGGCUGACUCAGCAGAACGCUCGUUUGAAAUCAGACCUGCGCAUCACGCAACAAGAGCGGGAUGCUCUGAAACAGGAAGUGAUCUCACUGCAUAAACAGCUGCAGAAUGCCAAUGAAAAGUGUCGUCUGUUGGAGAAAUCUGGUGUCCCACUUAGCUCGCACCAAGGAAAGCGUGUGUGGGCAGAGCUGUCUGGACUGAUGGAGGCAGAGCUGAGUGUGCUGCGUGAAGAAAAUCAGAGGCUGCAUCGAGAGAUUAAUGAUGCACGACUGGAGCUCAGCUCUGCACGGGAGAAGGCUCGACAUUUGGAGGCACUGGUGUUGAGUUUGAAACAGCAGAAGCAGCAGAACCAAGCAAGCCUAGCCAAGACAGCAGAGCAGGAGCGAUCUGCUCUCAAACGAGAGUUAGAGGCUCUGCAAACACAACUACACAAUAAGUUGUGUGACAGCAGUGAAGAGCAGAGAGAAAUUGAGAAUCUUCAUGAUGAGAAUGAGAGACUGAGGAACAGACAGACGGUACUUGAAUCCCAACUGAUGGAGGCCCAGGUUAUAGCCAUGUUACCACCAUCACCACAGCGAUCGUCAGCAGAGCGAAGAGGACAGUGCCAUGGAGAUGAGAUGAACCCAGACAUCAAUAAAGAAAAGGCGCUGUUUAAGAUGGAGGAAAGGAUGAAGGAGGUGGAGCUCAAGCUCCGAAAUGUCAAACUGUUGUUGCAAGAGAAGGUUUCCCAGCUGAAGGAACAGCUAAAUAAAAACAGUAAAUCAGAUGUGUUGAUCAAGGAUCUUUAUGUGGAGAAUUCUCAGCUACUGAAGGCUCUUGAAGUGAGUGAGCAGAGGCAGAAGGUGGCAGAAAAGAGGAAUUACCUCCUGGAGGAGAAAAUCUCCAGCCUCAAUAAGAUCGUUCGUGAGCUCAGUCCUUCGCCGCUAAUGCCAGUGCCAUACCACAUGACCCGCUCAUAAUAAUCCAGUUUAUGGUUUUUAAAUUUAAGUUAUUUUUAUUUUAUUAAAAUGACUGUUAAAGGGUAAUGUUUUCAAAUAAAACCCUCACUCUUGCAUGACCUAAAAACUAAUGAAAAGCACACUUUGUGUAUUCAGAUUAUCUGCUUUGGCCUAGAAGUAUUUUUUGGUGCAUAUUUUUAUAUUCCUGCUGGGGGGAAAAGAUAAUUUACCUGAAAGUAUUAAAUCUGCUAUUUCUAAGAGCAAAAUUAUUUUUGCUUCCUAAAAGAUGCAGGUUGUGAUUUAUAGAGUGGUUGCCAUGGAAACACCGACCCCACCCUUUGUGUUGAAAGUGUCUCUCUUGUGACUUGGCUUUGAGAAAAACAUGCACAGCUGAGCAGCUCCAUUCUGGCUGGGGAUAAAUUGUGUUCAGCAAAUACACAGGACCUCGACAGUAAUAGUGUGAAAAUCAGUUUUUCUAAGGUUUUUUAUUUUUAUUUUGAAUGUGGUCAGGUAUACACACCCUACACCAUUAAAAACAAACUUUGGUAAACAUCAUUUAGGCAUAAAUAUGAAUCGACAUCAAUUUAAUAGAGUGAAAUUAAAUUGUUUAUACUUUAACAAAUACCAGAGCAGUAUUUAUUUAUUAUUUUACAUCAGAGAGGCAUCAUUCCAGCACCCUAUUUGCACAGAAUACAGAAGCUUGAAGUCUUUCUCUGAUUUCAAACAUAAAUUACAGAAAAGAAAAAAGAGGAAAAAAACAUGCUGGGCACAAACAUGCUUUAUUGCAAAUUAUAAAAGCGGUUACUUGGCCUACAUAACACCACAACAUUUAAUGUUUCUCUAGCAUAGUUUUAAGAAUGGGAAUGACUUUGUGCUCACCUGUAUUCUUACUAAUAAUUUUUUUUUUUUUUUCAUUUUAACUGUGUCUUUUCCUGUUUGUACCGUAUAUAGUGUUGUUACAUAUGAAUUCCCUAAGGCAGCACGGUGUUGUAGUUAUUAGCACUGUGGCCCCGCACCUUUGGGGUCAAGGGUUUGAUUCCCACCUCAGGUUUGAGUGCAUGGAGUUUGUGUUCUCCCUGUGCUUGGUGUGUUUCCACCAGAUACUCUGGUCUCUACUAACUCUAACAGUACUCUCACUAACUGGAAAUCCCAGGUUGAGAAUGAGUGUGCGUGCGCAGUAUGCGAUAAAUUAAGACCCUGUCCAGUGUGCACCCUGCCUUAUGCCUGAAGUCUUCUGGGGUAUGUUCCAGUUAUAAUGAGAUGUCGGUGGGCGCAAACAGUGUUUGAUUAAAACAUCAAUGUGCACUUUCUCUAGAAGCAAUAUGGAAAUAUUCUACAUUAAAGUUUUGUUUGUUUUUUCUUCCAUGAGCAGUAUUUGUUUUACUUUUCUGCAAAUUAUUGCUUUUGGUUAAAACCUGUCUCUUAGGUUCAACUUCAGCAGUGAUUAUUGUGUGUGUAUAUACAUUUUUUGUAAAUGAAUUGUAUAGGCUAUCUUUGUGUUGAUUUAAAGUAUUACAAUUUCCAUUUUAUUUAAUUGUAUAAAAAUAUGGGGGCCUUUUUUUUUUUUUUUUUGUCCUUUUUAGCAUUUUUAUGAAGUUGGGGGGGUUUGGUCGCCCAAAGGAGACAAGAAAUGAGAAAUCUGGCAGAGAAGGUAAGCCUGUAAUAAAACAGCGUGAUGCUGAGACAGGAAGUAUUUGUAUUACAAUUCCUGAGGUGUUGCUGUUUAGCAGAACCAAAGAGAUUUUCCCACUGUCACUGGCCCAGUUAACAAUGUCCAGAUUGUCCAGACUCUCUACCUGACAAGAGCUGCUAUUAGCCAGCCAAGUGACUGACAAUGUGCUGGGGAUUUGUAUUUAUAUGAAGCAGUAAAAUAGUUUUUAGAGAA